AAACGCUGUUUGGAGCUCUGUGCGUAAUGAGAAGGCUGUCUUAGACUGGAGCAGCGCACGACAUGUCACACCUCUUUACUUUACCUCUUUGCUUAUACUGUCAGUUUGCCUAACUUCGUGUCUAAAGAGGACUAAAACAUGGGUAAACAACACCAACAUCCAAACCUGGUCUUCGUAUUCAUCGAAUAUAUUUUGCUCGAUUUUAUAUGAUAUAUCGCUUUCAUAACCUCAUGAAAUGAUUUACAUUUUAUUUUGGAUAAGUAAUACAAAAAACUUUAUUGAAUAAUGACUUCGUUUUGGAACUAAUAUUUUUUUUUAAUGGAGCUCUCGAGGCUAUUUUAAAUGUAAAGUCUAUGUCUGAAAUGAAUUACUCCUCCAAGUGAAGUGUACAGAACUAAACCAUGGAAAAUGUUACUUCAUAUCCAGAUAACCAGACGCUUGGUCCAUGGACUGAUUAUAGCAUGGAAUACAAAGUGGUCAGCAUAUUUUUUGUGAUCCUCAUCUGUGGGAUAGGAAUAGUUGGAAACGUUAUGGUGAUACUAGUUGUUCUUACAACCAAACACAUGCGGACACCCACCAACUGUUACCUGGUGAGUUUGGCGGUGGCCGACCUGAUGGUUCUGACUGCGGCGGGACUGCCGAAUAUUACAGAGAGUUUGUAUGGAGGAGGCUGGGUGUACGGAUACGUCGGGUGCCUUAGCAUAACUUAUUUCCAGUACUUGGGCAUCAACGCGUCUUCAUGCUCCAUCUCCGCUUUCACCAUUGAGCGGUACAUAGCCAUCUGCCACCCCAUAAAAGCGCAGUUUAUGUGCACUCUGUCAAGAGCAAAGAAAAUCAUAGUGGUCGUUUGGGCUUUUACCUCGCUCUACUGCGCCUUGUGGUUUUAUCUGUCUGACACGAAAGAGUUGAUUUACGACAAUAUUACCUUGGUCUCAUGCGAAUACAAAGUGUCAAGAAAUCUUUACCUGCCAAUCUACUUCACUGACUUUGCAGUGUUCUAUGUGGUGCCUCUCAUGCUAGCCACUGUUCUGUAUGGAUUUAUCGCUAGAAUUCUUUUCCUCAACCCAUUGCCGGCAGACCCCAAGGAAAAUACUAAAAAGUGGAAAAAAGAAUCAUGCCAAGGAAAUAGGAUGAUGAGCACCAACAAUUCAUCCUGUAGCACAACUGCCCGAUCUCGCAGGCAGGUGACUAAGAUGUUAGCUGUGGUGGUGGUGCUCUUUGCCCUCCUCUGGAUGCCCUACCGGACGCUGGUGGUGGUAAACUCCUUCCUGGACAAGGCUUACCUGGACCUCUGGUUCCUACUCUUCUGCCGCAUCUGCAUCUACCUGAACAGUGCCGUCAACCCGGUCAUCUACAACGCCAUGUCUCAGAAGUUCCGCACCUCCUUCAAGAAGUUGUGUCACUGCGGUCCGCAGCGAUUGGAGAAGCCGGCGUCUUACAGCGCGGCCCUGACCUACAGCGUCAUCAAGGACACAACCAAUGGAGAGAGCCCUGACCACUUUACUACCGAGAUGGACGAGUUGGCCACGCCCACACCCAGUGACCAGUUCCUGCCCAGCACCAAGAGGAUGUCAUUCGAGGACCCCUCUCUGUCAUGCAGGGUUGCCCUUAGCACUCCCUGACAGAAAAAGUAAAUCCAUUCAGGCUCUAGUUUGUGAAUUCUAUUCUAUAAUUCAUUUUCUGCAGAGGAAUUGCUCUAAUAUUUCAGCAGUACAACGGCAAACAUUAAAUACCAAAAAUGUGUUGUUAAUAGAGGAAGGAAUGCUUAAUUUCUUUAUCUAGCAUGGUGAAAAUAUAUUCUCCCCUCUCUGUAGCCAUCUUAGCACAAAGCACCCAAUUAUAGGCAUUGUUUAAAUCAGUCUUAAACAUUGUGUGACACACAGAUUUAAUUUUCCAGGUAAUACUGCUUUCACUGCUUUCACAUACUGAGCGACAGUUUCCAUCUCUGUAGAGUGGAAAAAAGGGAAAGAUAUUAUCCCUCUUUUUUUAUCUGGAGAAGUCUAGGCCAGGUACUCAGUGUGUGUGUGUGUGUGUGUGUGUCUGUCUGUGUCUGUGUGUGUGUGUGUGUGUGUGUGUGUGUGUGUGUGUGUGUGUGUGUGUGUGUGUGUGUGUGUGUGUUUGUGUUUAAAAGUUCACUCUACAGGAGGAGUCAAACUGUCUGGCCAUAGUUGUUUGAACCAUCCUGCUACUUUGCAUGUUUGAAAACAGCAUAGAGAGAAUGUGAUCACUGACCACAUUUCAAAGGCAAAAUUCAAAGGAGGCAGAGUAUUAAAACCAUCUCUGCUCGAGGAGUGUAAAUAUCACACAUUGCUUUGAAACCCGCCUGUCAGGGAAAUAGAGAUGAGGUGCGAUGAAAUUUCUUUAAAGGUUACAGAUGAUGAAAAGGACUGAGAGCAAAGCAAUGCCACUCCAGGUCUUUCAUCCGUUUGAUUGCUCAAUGUCAUUUGACUUUGUUGUAACCUUAUUGGUUACUAUAAAUCAGGCUCACCUGAUAUGGAACGUUCUGCAGGGGCUAGUGUCAAAAAUGUAUAGUAACCUUAUGGCUAAAAGGUUCACCUGAUAUAGAACUUUCCACAGGGGCUAGUGUCAAAAAAAUGGAGCAUGGUUAAACAUCCUGCUGUCCCCAUAAUGGACUACUGUGGUGUGGAUUCAAUCAAAAAGAGUUGAAAGGCCCAGAGUUCAUAAUGAGAAAGUUAUUUGAUGACUCAGACACCUGGGUGGUUGAUUGGUUGUCUCUAGGUCAGGGGCCUGACAUGACCAGACCAAACAUUAAGUUGACAUCCGCAAAAGCAGAGACUGAUGGUAGCAUUUCCCCCCAAGCACAUCCCACAGAGCAGCUAUUCCCAAACUGGGGUACGCCCAAUGCCGUCGGGGGUACGCCAAAUAAAAAGGUGAUUCACAUUGAAGAAAAAAGAAAAAAAAAUCUUCACAUUUUCAAACAGUCCAUUUAUAUUUUCCA